UUCUACUUCAACUAAGCUGAAUUUUCUACAUUGCUGGUUGCUGUUGACGUUCACUCAGCUACUUGAUCUGACCAUUCGAAUGGGUUAUCAUGAGAUAUUUCAUCGCGGGGGUUACAUUUCGCAAUUAAAUAAUCUAGCGAUAACUUUAAAAUGACCCUAAUAAAUAUUUGUGAGAUUGUAAUUCUCCAUAAAACUGAAUACACAAUAUUGCGAGUAGAUAUACAUUAAAAAUGCGAAUUUCUUACUAAUGGAGAAUGAUUGCACAAAAAAUAAUAAAGUAUACAGGUCAUGAACGUCAACUCCCUCUAAUCUCUUUCUAGGAUAAACUCGAAAAUAUCUUUCUGGCAAUAAUAAUUGCUGGGCACACGUAGACUGUAUUGCUGUUUCCUACUUUAUAAUAAACGAGUCGAUCGUUUUACUCAGCAGUUGGAAAAAUUCCGUGAAUUGCGAGUCUGCCAAUGAGCAAGAACAUUCGUUUGUUCAAUAAAUUCUUUUUGACAGACGGAGAAAUUCUAUAAAUUAGAAAACGAGUUCGUUUCCAUCACAGAAAUGUUUCAGAGGCUAGAAGUCAAGAAGAUCCAUACUCCCGGGUCGGCGAAAUAAACGACACGAGGAAAAAAUGUCCAUCGUUGUCAGUCCAAGUAUACGAUUCUUACAGAAAAUGAAUAGCCUUGCAAAUCUUCUGUCCAGGACGAGAAUUUCAAUGAAAACUAUAAACGUCCCAUUCGAAAAAAGAUUAUUUUCUACGUCCUCCACCAAAAUGCCUAUAAUGAUAUCUGAGAAGGAAAUGGCCAUGCAAUGUCUAAAGAGCGGACCAGGCAUUAUAAAACCACGUCCAAAACUUAAGAAGGUACGAGUCUAUCGUUGGAGUCCGGAUAAACCAAAUGUAAAACCAUACAUGCAACAAUUCGUGGUGGAUUUAAAUAAUUGUGGAACAAUGGUGUUGGAUGUGUUACAUUAUAUAAAAAUGGAAUACGAUCCGACAUUAUCGUUUCGCAGAUCCUGUCGCGAGGGAAUCUGCGGCAGUUGUUCGAUGAAUAUAAACGGAGUGAAUACCUUGGCGUGUAUAACGAAGGUGAAACCAGAUGAGGCAAAGCCGUUAAUAAUAUAUCCACUACCGCAUAUGUACGUUAUUCGGGAUCUGGUGACGGAUAUGAGUCAUUUUUUGGAACAGUAUCGUCUGAUCGAUCCAUGGCUGAAGAGAAAAGGCGAAGAGAAUUUUAAUGGGAUUCGACCACUUUUACAGAGUGAAAAUGAUCGUAGUGAUCUUGAUGGACUUUAUGAAUGUAUACUCUGUGGAUGCUGUUCUUAUGCCUGUCCUCCAUAUUGGUGGCUUGGAGACCGUUAUUUGGGUCCUGCCAUUCUUCUGCAGGCUUAUAGGUGGAUCAUUGAUUCUCGAGAUACUGCAGACAAAGAGAGACUGGGAAAGUUGCGAGAUUUUUAUUCGGUUUUCCGGUGUCAAACCAUCUUUAAUUGCACCAAGACGUGUCCUAAAGGAUUGAAUCCUGGCAAAGCGAUAGCCCAAAUAAAACGAUUACUCGUGGGUCUCGCAAAAAAGAAAAGACCCGAUCUUGAAACUCCUUUACCAAAUCCUUGUGGAGGAAAAGAAGACAUUCCAUGUAGAAAAGAAUAACGAGAUGCAUUCAUGUGAAAUCAAUAUCUAAUUUCAUGAUAGAAGACGUUAACUACG